AUGGUGGACCGGAGGGCCAACAAGCCCCAGAUUCGUGCCGCCAUUGAGACGAUCUUCGGCGUGAAGGUGAUCAAAUGCAACACCUUGAUACCUUUUGCCCGUUACACCGUGGCGUUUGGCGUGAAGAUUGGCAGAAAGUCUCUCUACAAGAAGGCAUAUGUUCAGGUCAAGGAGGGCGACUCGAUUGAUCUCUUCCCGGAUGACCCGGAAGCAGUCUGA